GAAAUAUAAGUCACAAGAUAUUAUAGUAGCUUUGUAGUUUGGGAGCUAUACUUGUAUUUUUCCCAUGACUCACAUUAACAAAGCAAAGAGAUAAGCUUUUUCUCUACAAUCUCUUCUUCUUUUUCGUGGGUCACUCAUCUUCACACCCCAACUCCUAUUUAAAUCAAUCAUUCCUCGACAGAGAGAUAGAGAGACUGAGUCGAUAACUAUGGAGAUAACAACGACCUUCUCGAUUUGGUUUACUUUUAUGAUUUUCUUAGGAAUCUCUAUUAACGGAGGCUUGUCUCAAGGACAUCAACAUAUUGUGAAGAAGACACGUUCCUCUGCAGUUGUGGUCGGAACUGUCUACUGUGACACUUGUUUUAAUGGCGCCUUUUCGAAAUCACACAACCACUUGAUCCCAGGUGCUUUAGUUGCAGUGGAAUGUAUUGACGAGAACUCGAAACCGAGCUUCAGACAAGAAGUGAAAACCGACGAGCACGGAGAGUUCAAAGCAAAGCUACCUUUCACAGUGAGCAAACAUGUGAAGAAGAUCAAGAGAUGCUCCGUGAAGUUGCUAAGUAGCUCACAGCCUUUCUGCUCUAUAGCUGCUUCCGCGACUUCUUCUUCUCUGAAACGCCUUAAAUCGAGCAAACAUGGAGAGAACACUCGGGUCUUCUCCGCAGGAUUCUUCACUUUCAAACCCGAAAACCAACCAGAGAUCUGUAGCCAGAAACCGAUCAAUCUCCGCGAGUCAAAGCCUCUUCUACCGGAUCCUGCAUUCCCUCCACCGAUCCAAGAUCCAGUUCCUGAUAACUCUUCCCCUCUCCCAAAUCUCCCAAUCGUUCCUCCGCUUCCGAAAUUACCCGUUCCUGGACUUCCCGGACUUCCCGGACUUCCCGGACUUCCCGGACUUCCUGAACUUCCUCCUGUUCUUCCUCCAGGACCGCAGAGGUCACACUCCUUGCACAACAAGAAAGAUGAUUCCUUGAGUGACAAGAAAACCGAAGUACUGAAACCAGAUGCCUUCUUUCCUCCGAACCCGGUAACGCCUCUCCUCCCUCCAAACCCGCUAAACCCGCCAUCUCUCAUCCCUCCAAACCCGCUUAUUCCUUCUCCUCCAACUCUUCCAAUACCGGGUGUUCCGACUCUUCCAGUACCGGGGGUUCCGACUCUUCCCGUACCGGGUGUUCCGACUCUUCCAGUACCGGGUGUUCCGACUCUUCCCGUACCGGGUGUUCCGACUCUUCCAGUACCGGGUGUUCCGACUCUUCCAGUACCGGGUGUUCCGACUCUUCCUGUACCGGGUGUUCCGAUUCUUCCAGUACCGGGUGUUCCGACUCUUCCAGUACCAGGUGUUCCGACUCUUCCCGUACCGGGUGUUCCGACUCUUCCCGUACCAGGUGUUCCGACUCUUCCCGUACCGGGUGUUCCGACUCUUCCAGUACCGGGUGUUCCGACUCUUCCAAUACCGGGUGUUCCGACUCUUCCCGUACCAGGUGUUCCCACUCUUCCAGUACCGGGUGUUCCAACUCUUCCAGUACCAGGUGUUCCGACUCUUCCACCUGUUCCGGUCAUAACUCCGCCUUCACCGCCGCAACCUUCUUUCCCUCCCAUCUUCCCAGGAGUCCCUCCGGCUUCCUCUUCCUUUUCCAGUCACCAUCAACCCUAGAUUUAAAAAUCCUUUCUCCACACAUUUUCCAAUUAUGUAAUCUAUUAUGUAUCAUCUUUGUUGUUUUUGUGUUUUUUUUUUUGUUUUCCUCGGCAUUUUCACUUUGUUGGGUUGUUGUGAUUUCAAUAAAUAUUGUUGCAAAAGAGUUUCAUUUACUGGUUUUUCAUUCAUUGUCUAAAU